AUGUGCGGGACGAGUUCAUGGCCAUCCUGGGAGAGUAGGCAGGGGACCCUCACGCUGGAGGAGAUGAUGAAGGCGCUGAAGAAGUCUGGCGUCGAGGAGGAGCAGGCUAGGGCCUGCUUUCAUGCGUUGGACGUGGACAAGACGGGCCACAUCAAGUAUUCAGAGUUUCUGGCUGCCAUGGUGUCGACUCGCAUCGUGAUGCACGAUGAGCUGAUCAGGCGGACGUUCUGCCGUUUCGACAAAAGCGACACGGGCUCUAUCACGCUUGAGGACCUCAGGACGGUGCUCGGGGAGUCCUUCGAGGGUACCGAGGUCGAGGAGCUGUUAAAGGAGGCGGACUUCAAGAACGACGGCAAGAUUUCGCUCGAGGAGUUCACGCAGUUCCUGGUGGGGGACGUGGAGCUCUCCGCCGAACUGCCCGUUAUCGCAGCUGGCGGGCACCAUAAUGCUCGUGCUUCGGUGAAGGUUCUCGAGGAUCAGGCCAGGGAGCUGCGCAAGGAGUUUGUCACGACAACACCCCCGCCCUCGAGGAAGGCGACAGAUCUGUCCACUGGUGCCCUGCGGUCGCACACCGGGGAGGGCCCGAUCUGCGCCGACGGUGCCGCCACGCAGCCCGAGGCGGGAGCGCCGAGGGAACGGAGAAGUGUCGGCUGCGAGGGGUGCUGCGACUCGGGACUGCUGCGUGUCCGGAGUGGCCUGAAAAAGUGGUUCGUUAAUUUGAGCUGCGGAGGGCGCGCUGUUGAACGCCGGAGUGCCCACUCCACCCCGAUCUCCUGUCGGUACUGUCCCCCCGCAAGCUGA